GAAUGGGAUGGAGAAGACACUUGCAGAGCUGCAUCAGAUGCUCAAAACUACUGAGGUGAAUAUACCCAGCAAGACUGCACCAGUGCUGAUGAUCAAGGAGGGUCAUGUUAAGAAACCUAACACCAAGAAAAGGGGCAAUCAGGGCAAAGGGAAGGGCAAAGGCAAAUUAGUUGCAAACAAGAAGCCUCAAAAGGAUGCCAAGUGUUUUCAUUGUAAUGAAAUUGGGCACUGGAAGAGGAACUGUGCUAAGUAUUUAGCUGAACUGAAGCAAGCCAAGGCUUCAGGAGGAGAGUCCUCAGGGACUAAGAAAGAUUAAGAAGCUGAAACAAGGCGACUUGGAGGUCCAUGUUGGCAAUGGACAAAGAGUUGUUGUGAAGGCGAUUGGAGAA